AAAUUAAUAGUGGUGGCUCAGGUGUGAUUUAUAAAUCCGAAUGUAAAUAUUGCAAAAUCACAAUAGCCCUAAAACGCCCAAAAGAUUGUUUACAAAAUCAAAAUUUCAACAGUGAGGUUGAAAUUUUGCGAAAUGUUCAAGGCCACCCUAACAUAAUUGCCUUUUAUGGAGUUACAAAAG